UACAACCAGGGAGACUGCGUGGGUGGAGGAAACAGUUCCGAUGGGCUUGAAGAUGAAUUGAAAUCGCCGAAUACUUUAAUUGACCAUCAAGUAGAGGAAACUUUGUCCGCUUCUUUCCGGAAACUAAAGGAGGAAACCGAAGUAAAGAAGCCAGUAGAUGAAUAUGAUGGAACAUCUAGAGGUAGGCUAGCGAUUACAGGCUUCAGGCUCUUUGACAUGGAAGUUCUGUGCAAUGUGCUUUGGAUGUUGAGAUGCCAUCAAUGUGGUGAAUUGAAUCUUUUGUUUACGGAAGAUAAAUUAACAGGAAGAGGUGCGCCUCAAGUCUGUGUUUACUGUGCGAGAAUUGAGGCUGGAAACAUUUAUUUUAUACUUCUAAGCAACAUGGAUAGAGCUUUGAGGUGACCACACAAAUUGUUUAUGGGAUGCGAACCCUUGGAAAAGGGCAUACUAGUGCCAAAACAUUUUGCACUUCAAUGAACAUUCCCCACCCCAGCUCCAAAAAGUUAUUCCAAGAUUUAAAGCAUGAUCGCAUCUUGUUUGCGGUCUAUUGCUAAAGAAUGUAUGAGAAAAGUAGCUGAGGAAGAAAGAAAACUGAACCUGUGAACUGUGGUGUGUCUGGGGAUGAGACAUGGCAGAAAAGAUGCUUUUCAUCAAGAAAUGGCUAUGUAG